CAACCACCGACCAACGCGAACGACGGCCGAGAUGGCCAUGUUCUCCGAGAUCCAGCGAAUGGCCAGCGGAUCUGAUCACCAGCAAUGCGCAUGCACGCCGUAUGACGACAAAUCGCGCCGCAAGUGGGUGCGGCCAGCGUCCGCCACACAUGCCUGCCGAACGUGUCCGCAGCAGGAAGCCCAGCCACGUUUCCAGAGCCCGACCGCAUCUGCCUCUCCGCAUCUGCCUCUCCGCUUCUCCGUCUGUCGUUUCUCUGGGCCUGCAUCUCCGUCUCCGCCCAGAGAGAGAGCACGCUCUCGUGCAUGUGGCCGAUCCCGGCGGACUGCCGUGCGACAUGCUGCCCCGCCGAGCCCUGCCCAGAUCCGCGGAGAUGGCAGCACCCAGCAGACUCCUCCGGGGCCGCCAGCCUCACCAGCAAGGAGCCCAGCGCAAGUCCGUGGCAGCACCCGCCAGGCAUUUCGGUCGCCGGGAACGUGGAUCGUCCUCACCGCCGUGAUGCGCGAGAAGGGUACGACUUGCGGCGUUGUUGCUGAACUCGUCGGCGCUCCCAGCCAUCGUCGCCGGGCGCCCAGCAAUCCACAUCGGACCAGCGGGCGCAAUUCGCACCAGGCUCUGAUUUGUCCAUCGAGACCCGUAUGCAAAGCCCGCAGGGACAAGCCCGGCGGCGACGCCAUUGCGCCUGUGACAUUGCGGUCCGAACCAACCGUCAGACCAGAAAUACAGCCGAUCCGCGGGUGGCUUGACGACGAACACACCAAUCGCGAGAGGAUGCAGCAAUGUCUGAGCCCACGGCGCCAAGGCAUUGAAGCCAAGCCGAGAACAUGAA